CCUCUGCAGUCACUGUGCAAGGGGCAGGCUCAGAGUGUGCUGGAAGCCUGGAGCAGCUCUUCACCCACUCACUCGCUCUCACUCUCACUGGGAGUCAGAGGGAAAGCGAAAGACACAGAGAGAGAGAGAGAGAGAGAGAGAGAGAAGGAGGACAACAACAGGAACUAGGGGAGGUCUGACGCCACACACGCGCGCACACUCUCGUACGGGACACAACACACACAACACAAACUUCUCGUCUGUCUGUCUGUCUGCGUGCGCUCCGGUUUGCCUGUGCCGUGCGUCAGGGAGAACCCGCGACCAAGCCGACCCCUCGGUGCCUCACAGGGUGCGCACACGCUGUCACUGGGCAACACGUGCAGUGCCGUUUCCCGAGGAAGAAGAAGGGGGGAAAAAAAGGAGCCUUCAAAACGCCUCCAGUCCUCCAGGCCAGCCGCAAGGUCUGUGGAGCAGGACUGUGUCUUGUACGCAGCAGGGUUGUGUUUGGAGUGUGAGUUACCUGCCAGAGGAAGUGUGUGAAGUCUGUGUGUGUGUAUGUGUGUGUGUGCGUGUGUGUCUGUAUGUGCGUGACCGGAUCAACGAUGCCCUUAAGACACUCUCUCCCUAGGAGGUCCAGCAUGGACUCGGACGUCCAGCAUUCCAAGGCUACGGCUGGGGCUUACCUGGUGGCCCUUUAAUUUUCCAACCCUGACCACUCUGGACAACUUCUACUCCAACAGAUAGACGUCACGAGAACAGAAGAUCACACAAAGGUCACAACCGGCAAAAAACUGACCCUCAAGAACUCUUUUUAUCCUCUUUUUGUGUUUUUAUUUUUGUUUCGCAAAAAAAAGCCUUCCCGUCAGUUGCAGACAUGCUUUGGCGCAGGUUUGUGUGUCCUCUCCUCUCUUUGGCAGCCCUGCUGCUGGUCGCCAGCUGCGGAGUGGCAGAGCAGAAGAGGAGCGCGGAUGGCACCACUGCGACCUCGGUGGGCAAAGGUGGCAGCAGUGGCAGCAGCAGCAGCAGUGGCAGCAGUAGCAGCAGUAGCGGCAGCACAGCUGGUGGGCGUGAGGGUGGCGGAAGCAGCAGCAGCAGCAGCAGCAGCCGGCGCUACCACCGCGUCCAGCACGGCCAGUGCACCUACACCUUCAUCCUGCCCGAGGGCGAGGGGGGUCCCGGGGGCUCCGCGUGCCGGGAGUCCAAGGCGGGCACCCCGGCGUACAACGCCAACGCCCUGCAGAGGGACGCGCCGCCGCCCGAGCCCGACUUCUCCAGUCAGAAGAUCCAGCAGCUGGAGCACGUCAUGGAGAACUAUACCCAGUGGCUGCAGAAGAUCGAGAGCUACAUCAGGGAGAGCAUGAAGAUGGAGAUGGCACAGCUGCAGCAGAGCGCGGUCCACAAUCACACGGCGGCCAUGUUGGAAAUGGGCACCAGCCUCCUGUCUCGGACGGCGGAGCAGACGCGCAAACUCACAGAUGUGGAGACGCAGGUCCUCAACCAGACAUCAAGGCUGGAGAUUCAGCUGCUGGAGAAUUCGCUGUCCACCAACAAGCUGGAGAAGCAGCUCAUGCUGCAGACUAAUGAAAUCAGCAAGCUCCAUGACAAGAACGGCUUCCUGGAGCAGAAGAUGCAGGAGAUGGAGUCUCGGCACCGCGAGGAGCUGGAGGCUCUGAGGGACGAGAAGGGGGACCUGCAGUCGCUGGUGGGGAAGCAGCUCGGGGUGAUCCGCGAGUUGGAGAACCAGCUCGGCCGAGCCACGGGGAACAGUUCGGCUCUGCAGAGACAGCAGCAGGACCUGAUGGACACGGUCCACAACCUCCUCAACCUCUGCGCUAAGGAAGGAGUGAUCCCAAACAGCACCAAACAGACGGAAGAGGAGAAGACAUUUAAGGACUGCGCCGAGCUCUAUAAAGCCGGCUUCCAGAAGAACGGCGUGUACACCAUUCAGAUCAACACUCCAGAGCCCAAAAAGCAGGUCUACUGUAACAUGGAGAGCGCUGGGGGAGGAUGGACUGUGCUUCAGCACAGAGAAGAUGGCAGCGUGGACUUCCAGCGGACGUGGAAGGAAUACAAAAUGGGUUUUGGCAGCGUGUCUGGCGAGCACUGGCUGGGGAACGAGUUUGUCUACCAGCUCACCAACCAGCGGCAGUACGCCCUGCGCGUGGAGUUGACCGACUGGGACGGACACCAGGCGUACUCCCAGUACGACCGCUUCCACAUCGGUACCGAGAGGCAGAACUACAGGUUGUUCCUGAAGAGCCACACGGGGACAGCAGGUCGGCUGAGCAGCCUGGUGAUCCACGGAGCAGAUUUCAGCACCAAAGACAUGGACAACGACAACUGCAUGUGCAAGUGUGCACUCAUGCUCACUGGCGGUUGGUGGUUCGACGCUUGUGGCCCAUCAAACCUCAACGGCAUGUACUACAACCAAGGGCAGCACGUGGGCAAGCUCAACGGCAUCAAGUGGCACUACUUCAAAGGCCCCAGCUACUCACUCCGGGCCACCACUAUGAUGAUCCGGCCCCUGGACUUCUUAUAAUGACCCCUCUCCAACCCCCCCCCCCCCCCCCCUCCCCCUCCAUUCCAUACCAGAGCACUGCUGGGAAUGUUCCAGAACAGUGCUUCUCACUGGCUUCUUUGCAUGACUCCAUCCCAGCACCACCUCCACUGAACUCAUCUGGCGAGCCUUAUACUACCUGGCGAUCAAGUGACACUUUUGCCUGAUAACCUCUCUCCAGGAAUUGGGAUAGGGGGAAUUUCUGGGGGGCCUAUUUUUAUCGUGGUGUUUCUGCCAUGUUAGGUGCUUCAACUCUUUGGGACUUUUUUUUGGAAGACGUGCUUGGUUCUGUUAUUUUUACAUCCAAGGUAUGAACUUCAAGUGCCAUACACUUCUCGCGCCACAUCAGAGGACUACUGUGCUCGCCUUUGAUGGGAUGGGCCUGGCCUUUGGCUCAUUUGGCGAGUAGGGACGCUCAGCAAACACCCUCCAUCUGGAAGGUCAUUGGGAAACCAAGAGGGAAAUGUUUGAAUUGUUUUGUCAUUGUCUUUUUUUUUUUCGUAACAUGGAUGAUCAAAUUGCACAAUUACCUUUUGGGACAUGAGAUAUUUUAUAUUUUAUGCCUUUUUUUCCAUACCAGUACUUUAGUUUGAUACAUUUGGAAUGCUACUCUCUUUUGUAAAUAACUUUCCCAGGCAACCCAAGAAGACGAAUCGUUGCACACCGCUCCACUUGCAAGGUCACACACAGCAUAAUACUUGUAAUAUUUGUCUUUCAUGGGCAACAGAAUGGAACAAUGACUCUGAGAGCAAGGCCAUUGGUCAAUAGCUGUGCUGCAACAUGUAUGCUUGCUGGCCUGCCAAAGACUGUUGAUUAGUUCUAGAGUUCAUACUGCCCCCAUUGUUGUUAUUGGCUGUGACCUAUGAUAAAGGUUGAUCCACAUUUAUUAUUGGAUGUUUUAUACCGCCAGUGCCAAGACUCCUAAGUGCAAUAAUUUCAGCUCAAUGUCAGCGAUUGCAUUAGCAAAUGUAAAGAGAAUGUGACAUUGCAAAAUGGCUAUGCAAGGUACAUCAGCAUAAAUCACAAGAAGAAUUUAAACAAAAAAUGAUGGGCUGUUGUAUUCCAUUAUAAAUACUGUGUCCUAUGGCCAUUAAACUAGAUGCUGGCAAAACCACAAAAUGUCUACAUAAUUAGAGGCUGGAACAAAAGGCCAUAUGUGUAUCUGACAGUGGCAGAUUGAACAUGUCAGGAUUCCUGCCGAUCUGCUGGUAUAGUGGUGAACUGGUCAACAGUUUUAUAUUUUCCUUUAAAUCAGGGCCAGACAUUGGGAGUUGCAGGGUCAAAACUCAAUAGUUGUCUUGUUCCUUCAAAUUAAUGUUAUUUUAGCUUGAACAAAAUGUUUAUUGGGAACAAGACAUUAGACCACCAACACAUCUGGUGCUUAUUAAAUAACAUCUCCUUUCUUUCUGAUACAGUUCUACUUACAGUACAUGAGAACAGUAUGCAUCACACCAAGAAUUUCAAUUGGUAGAGUAGCCUACAGCUUUGAACUUUGCAUUAGCUGAUUAAAUGCCCUAUGUUGACACCAAGGCUACGUUGUCAUCAGCAGUAGCCUAACGCAAUGGAGCUGUUUCAUCAGAAGCUGGUCAGACAGCAUGUGUUCAGACGGCAAGUUAAAUGAUUUGGUCAGAUACAGAGGUCAAAUU